AUGUUGCUCUUUCUGCUCUUCACCUUGGGCAUGCUGCUGCUCAGCGCGAGAAGAAAUGGCCAACUUUGCCAAGACGGCCAGUAUUGCGGCAUCUCGCGCAUCCGGGACAAGCUGCCCACUUUGGGGAACAAUGGAGGCCCGAGCAGCGACAAAACCGCCGACGCGAACCUCCUGUCCCCGUCCGCGUCCGCGUCCGCGUCUUCGUCUCCGUCUCCGUCUCCGUCCCCGUCUCCGUCCCCGUCUCCGUCUUCGUCUCCGUCUUCGUCUCCGUCUUCGUCUUCGUCUUCGUCUCCGUCCCCGUCUCCGUCCGCGUCCGCGUCCGGGUCCGGCACCCAAGCUCAACCUUCUUCCUCGACCCUUGACGACAGCGAAUGCGCCAACUUCCCCAACACGACCAGCGUCUUGACAAUUAUGAAGACUGGCGCUUCGGAAGCGUACUCCAAGAUACCCACGCAACUCAUGACAAACCUUAAAUGCCUUCCCGACUACCUCUUAUUCAGUGACAUGAGCCAGAAAAUCGCAGGCUAUACCAUACAUGAUUGUCUCGACACCGUCCUCGACAAAGUCAAGCAGGACAGCAAGGAUUUCGAACUCUACCAUCGACAACAGAAAUGCCCCGUUGACCAGGAUCUAUGCAACAAGGUCCACGACACCGCCAAGCAGGGCUGGGAGCUGGACAAGUACAAGAACAUUCACAUGGCGGAGAAGGCGUACGCGAUGCGGCCCAACUACGACUGGUACCUGUUCGUCGACGCCGAUACCUACGUUGCUUACCCAACCUUGACGGAGUGGUUGAAGCACUUGGACCCGUCGAAGCGAAACUACAUUGGAAGCGUCGCCAUGUUGGGAUCACUGCUAUUUGGCCACGGCGGAAGCGGCUAUCUUCUCUCCAAAGCCACCAUGCAAGCCAUGUUCGGGGGCAGAACUAAUGUCGCCAACAAGUUCGAUGAACAAGCCCAGCAUAUAUGCUGCGGCGAUGCCCUGCUUGCUCAGGCCCUGAAGGAUGAGGCGGGCAUUGAGGUUAUCAACGCAUGGCCAACCAUCAAUGGCGAGAAGCCACAUACUUUACCGUAUGCCGAGGACGGAUGGUGCCACCCCAUCUCGACCAUGCACCACGUAGUAGCUCAGGACAUCUCCGACUUGUAUGCCUUUGAAAAAGAGCGCAAGUUUGCCCAGCCUCUCCGAAUCAAGGACCUGUACCACAAAUUCAUGGAGCCACACCUUUUGGAAGAUCGAGCAGACUGGGACAACCUUAGCGAUGACACGGUGUACCUGAAUACUUCCAUGGCAAAGUACGACGAAUGGGAGAUUAAUCGAGCCAAGAAGGAUGGCCUCAGCAACGAGGAGGCUCAGGCGCACAAGAGUUUCGAGGACUGCAAGAAGGCUUGCCAGAGCAUAGAUGAUUGCCUCCAGUUCCGCUACCAAAACUACAUCUGUCGCACGUCGCGCAAGUUGAAGCACGGCAAGCCCUCGGCCAAAGAGAACGAAGAGUUUAAAAGGUUCCUGAGUGGCUGGAAUGUCGAGAGAAUCAAGGCAUGGAUCGACAAGCAAGGCGACUGCAGCGGCCCUGUCAAGUGGCCGCUAGCCGAAUAG